AUGUCAUCCCCCGAUAACAAACCAGCAACCAAGCCAGAGGAGACCGAUCCUUCGUUGGUCCCCCAAGCUCCCAAGCCAUUGAGCUCGAAAGACAAGAACACAAAGCGACUAAUUGUGGUGUUAUCCAACGCCUGUUUAGAGACUCACAAGAUCUCAUCGGCCGGUGGAGAUAGAUACGCUCUUCUCAACUGUGAUGACCACCAGGGUUUACUGAAGAAAAUGAACAGAGAUAUUGCUGACACCAGACCAGACAUUACACACCAGUGCUUAUUAACUUUAUUGGAUUCUCCUAUCAACAAGGCUGGUAAGCUGCAAGUAUAUAUCCAGACAGCCCGAGGAGUGCUAAUCGAGGUCAACCCCAGUGUCAGAAUCCCUAGAACUUUUAAGAGAUUCUCGGGACUGAUGGUCCAACUGCUGCACAGACUGUCAAUCCGUUCAGUCAAUUCUGAAGAGAAGCUCCUUAAAGUCAUCAAGAACCCCAUCACAGACCAUUUGCCCACCAAAUGCCGUAAAAUCACUCUUUCUUUCGAUGCAAAGGUACAAAGGGUACAAGAUUACGUCGAGACUCUUGAUGACGACGAGAGUAUAUGUGUGUUUGUGGGUGCCAUGGCCAAGGGUAAAGACAGCUUCGCCGACGAGUUCGUCGACGAGAAGAUCGGUGUGUCGAACUACCCAUUAUCAGCCUCUGUCGCAUGCAGCAAGUUCUGCCACGGUUGUGAAGAUGCCUGGGGUAUCAUGUAA